UUCUCACAUUAUGAAGCUGAGCAGCCUCUCUGCGCUCACGAUGAUCUUCCUCCUGCUCUGCCUCCACACGGCACAGCCUGGAUUUCAGAAAGAUGUCAAUAAACCUGGAUAUUGCCCAGAGUUUUUUCUGACCUGCCCUUUCACCCUCUUACCUCUGUGCCGGCGCGAUAGAGGUUGCAAGGGCUCCAAGAAGUGUUGUUUCUACAACUGUAGACUUCAGUGUAUGGAUCCGUGGUCGACUUUGGACUGAGGCAGAAACCCCUCCUUAACCAGGCCCGAGAAGACGCUGGGUGGUCCAGGCUCAGACUUGGGUAAUUCAUCUCCAAGUCUUCCAUGUUCUCCUCAUUCCCCAAAUUUCCUUU